AUGUCGCCGGCGACCUCUUCCGCGGUGGGUACCCUAUCCGGCGGCCUCCUCCCCCACGCUGCACAUCGCCGGCGACCCUUCCCAACCGCCCGCCUCCUCCCGCCGCGCUGGUCUAGGCUCCAGGCCAACGCGGCCCGUCAUCGCCGCCCGGCCACUCCCGCGCGCGCCCAGAGCGCUCCCUCCCCAGGGUACCUGCCGGACUCGGAGUUCUACAAGAUCGAGGCCAUCCUGAGGCCAUGGAGGGUGUCGCAUGUCUCGUCGGGUUUGCUAGAAAUGGGGAUCAGAGGCGUGACGGUGUCGGAUGUGCGGGGUUAUGGGGCGCAGGGUGGGUCCACGGAGCGGUAUGAAGGGUCAGAAUUUUCAGAAGAUACAUUUAUUGCUAAAGUUAAAAUGGAAAUAGUCGUGUGCAAGGAGCAGGUGGAGCCAGUAAUUGACAAAAUAAUUGAAAAGGCCAGAACUGGAGAAAUUGGCGAUGGGAAGAUAUUCUUGAUACCCGUCGCGGACGUUGUAAGGGUACGCACCGGCGAACGGGGAGUGCACGCGGAGAGGAUGAUCGGCGGUCUGUCAGACAAGCUGCCCCCGGUGAUCACAAUCUCAUGA